UCUCCUUGUUGCACAACACAUUGUCAAUCCCUUUCCCAUCUUCAUCUCUUCUCUACUUUAGCUUGAACUACACGAAUUACUCGCCUUCUUGGACACGAAUCGUGUCGAAGAAGCUUGGGGGAGUCUAUAUUAGAGGGAAGGUGGGACAGGGAGUGAGAAAAACAGAGCCAGAGAAAGAGAAGAGGGAGCGAGACGAGAGGAAUCAGAGAUCGGGGAGGAGAUAAGCCACAGGCAAAUCGGUCUUUGAACCAAGGGCGUAGGCUGUUGAAUGAUCAAAUAUGGCAGAACUGAGCUUGGGUAUUCUUAUUGAUAUUGUUGAUGAGGAAUGGAUGAGAGAUACACUCCCUGAUGAUGAUUUUCCGUUACCUCCAACACUGAUAGUUCGGACAGAUGAUACUGAGGACUCAAAUCAGGAGACCCAACAAGUCAAUGCGGAUGCUUGGCAUGAUCUUGCCAUGGGCCCAGAAUAGAAAUCUUAUUUGUCAACGAGGGUCGUCCCUCGUGAUAAGUGGAUGUUGUUUCUGUACUUUUGUGUCAUAUCAUCCAUUUGGUACUUCUGCCACGUCUAAUGUUGAAUUCCUGGUUUUUGUUUUGUCAUCUACAUUGUGUAAUUAGAGAAGGAAUGUGAAUGAGAUAUCGACUUAAUUAGAU